CCUGUCCAGAAUCAAGCGCUUGGAGUUAGGUCUUCUACUGUUUCAUUGGCUUUCAAAAUACAAAUGUUGAAAUGAUGUAUUUUUGACAUUAUGUUUUAUAAUGCAGUGUAAACUAAUGGAGAUAAUACCAACAUUUAUAAGUAUGCUGUUGUUUUAUUUGUCAAGUGACCGUUCUUUUAUCAAAGGUUAGUUCCCCUAUGACACUCUAUUAAAUUAACAAAGAUUUUUUUUUUUUUUUAAGGGACUUUUUUUGCACACUUGUUUAUCUUAGGUAAUAAUAUUUAUGUUUACAAAUUAUAAAAUGAUAAAUAGCAUAAUUUUAUUUCUUAUUCUAGUAUAUACUUUGUAUUUAUAUAUAUAUGUGUUUAUAUACAUAUAUAUAUAUAUAUAUAUAUAUAUAUAUAUAUAUAUAUAUAUAUAAAAUAUUUUUUUAAAGAAAAGCCACAUUAAAUUAAAGAAAUGAAAUUAAAUCAUUUUUUAGUUGUUUUUGUGUUUAUAUUAAUUAAUAAUAUUUAUGUUUACAAAUUAUAAAAUGAUAUAUAGCAUAAUUUUAUUUUUUAUUAUAGUAUAUAUUUUGUAUUUAUAUAUAUAUGUGUUUAUAUACAUAUAUAUAUAUAUAUAUAUAUAUAUAUAUAUAUAUAUAAAUAUAUAAAAUAUUUUUUUAAAGAAAAGCCCCAUUAAAUUAAAGAAAUGAAAUUAAAUCAAUUUUUAGUUGCUUUUGUGUAUCCCCAUAGAACAAUAUAGACAUUUCUGGAAUAUUCUAGAGUAAAUGUAAUCAGUGGCGUAGCGAGGGGGGUUAGGGGGGUGUGGACCGCACCGGGUGACACCGUGUUAUUGAAAAAAUUCACAUUUACAGAGCACACACGGCUCGGUCUAGCCGAGAUUCAUAAAAGGAUAACCAAUCACACAUACGUUUUCCACAAAUGUAACCAAUCCAAAUGCGUGCUUUAUUAAAAGUUCAAGGUUGAUGCUUCAGAAAUGAAAUGACUCUAUGUUUAGGUUAAAAAAAACACAAUCUUUAUUACACGCCGAUGUAAGUGUUCGGUAUUUUCAAUAUGUGACAAGAGGCUAUAUUUAUCAAAAUUCAGAGAAAUAUGGCUUUCCAUUGAUACCAAAUAGGAUUUGGUCGGCCAAUUCUAAGUAUAAGAAUCGGUAAAAACGUUAAAAAUGAUUUUUUACCCAUUUAUAGGGUGAAAAAUAUAUUAUUGUGCACAAUUUUCAAUCUUUUAAUGAUUAAUUCUUAUUUAUAUUUAAAUUUAAAUAAAGAAACGUUUUUGGAAGACUUAUAAAAUAUUAUAAUAUCGAGACCCAAAUAUACUCAAAAAUUACUAUUUACCCCGAUUCGUCACUAAUAUCGCCCUUAGCAUUUUAGAACCCUUGUCAUAUUUCUACUGCUGGGUUCUACCUGCUACCUUCAUGUGUUGUAUUUUGGACGGUACUCUGACUGUUGUUUUAAACUGUCGUCAGUAAUAAUUUUUUUUGGUGUUUAGAAAUGACAAAAUUAAAGCAUUUUUUGUGUGUUCAAGAUCAUUAUAUCAUGCCACAUGGCGGGCACAAAUCUAAACGGCCCAGUGGCUCUCGGCAGUUAAAAAGAAAAUACGCGACUGAUUUAAAUCACUACCAGAAUACUUGCUUCGAUAUCAAGAAACCAAAUGAUGACAAGGGUCAGGGUUCAUCCAGAGACUUUCCUCAGCCAACCAUUGAUACUGGUUCUCCCGAUACUAGUAGCAGGCAUUCUUUUCAGCAAAUAGUGGGGAAAAUGGAAGAGAUUGACGUGAAAACACAAGUAAAAGACAUGGAUGGUUUGGAAAAAGAAAUGUCAGCUGAUAAUUUUGAUUCAAACCAAGAUACUGUACGUGUUAAGGUUAAUGACAAAAACUAGAACAUUUUAAUCAGAUGCUUCUCUCUAGAAUGUACUAGUGCCAUAUUAUUUUCGGUCUGAAAUUAUUAAAAUAUGGAGCACUUUGUUUCAAAACAAUGAUGGACUAUUCAGCGUAGUGACAAGGCAACAUGCGAAAUCUAAAGGAGGUAUUCAUCAACUAACAAAACAAUGGAUCUACGGGAUGCUGCAAGAUGGCGAGAAAUUACUGCAGUCGUGGAUGGUUUAUUCACUCGUCAGUCAAAAAUUGUAUUGUUUUUGCUGCAAAUUGUUUGCUGUUAACGUUACAGAAACAACAUCCAAAUUUUUUACUGGCUUUGAUAAGUGAUGGAAACUGAGCCCAAAAUUACAAAAUCAUGAGGCAUCGGAAGAGAACCUACGUUGCCUUAAAAAAGUGCAAACUAUUGGCAGCAGGACUUAGGAUACACAAAAUAAUUGAUGCCGAAAGUAUUUCUGUGAUGGACAGGAAGAAGAAAAAGUGGAGGGAUAUCUUACACAGGUUGCUUGAUAUCACAUUGUUUCUUCCAAAGCAAAGUCUGUCAUUUCGUGUCCAGAACGAAGAUGAAUCUGAAUGAAACUUUCUUGAAAUGGUUGAGAUGCUAUCUAAAUAUUACCCAGUGGUAAAAAAGCACCCAAUGAGUCUAAAGAGCAGCAAAUCUACAGAAAAAGCAUCCGCAUCUUAUCUUUCACCAGACACCCAAAAUAAUUUUUUUAUAAAUUACCGUGCAAAUCAUUUGAAUUAGAUUCUUAUAAUGGAUAUGUAGUCUGCGAGGUAAUUUAGAAUUAUGUUCGAAAGUACACCUGAUAUAUCACACAGUGACCAGAUUUCUGAAGUGAUCAGAAAUGUAAAAAAUCCACAAUGGGAAAGUUGAAGUGAGAGAAGUGUUUCCUACCCUUUUCCCGUUAAGAGGGAAGACGCACUUUUAAAAGAAAUACCAAUGCGUAGGAGUCAUAUAAAGGCAGCUGAUAUUGAAUUGCACAAAGCCAUGGACUGGUCAGUAUUUGAUGUUUUGAAAUUCAUAUCUGAAUGGUUCCUAGAAUAUCUUCCAAUACUCUCGCUAUGCCCUGAGAGCGGAGCUUUUCAAAACAAAGGCUUAUCAAGAAAUAUUUAUGAUCCACCAUGGGACAGUCUAUGCUUUCUGAUGUGGCUCUGCUAUCAAUUGAAAUUUAUACAAUGAAGGACAUUGAUUAUUAUUCAGUGAUUGACAGGUUUGCAGCUUUGAAGACCAGAAAUAGGAAAUUUUAAAUACAGUAAAUUUAAUGUAAAAAUAACGAUAACUUAACGUUGUUACAGUUUUUAAAUACAUUCAUGACACCAAGACCUUCGAUUUAUGUGUUUUUAUUCUUGUCAUUGUUAUACUGUGGAUUUAUUUUAACAAGAAGAAAUCCAUCAUGGAAGUUGGGGGGGGGGGAAUGACACCAUGAAUUUACCACACUAGGUGACACCAACCUCAGUUACGCCACUGAAUAUAAUAUCCUCCUCGAAACGUGUAAAAUAUUACAUUUCUACGUAAUUAUUAUUUAAAUACGAAAAAAACUAUACAAAUAAAUGUAUUAAUUUAACUAUCGCAUAUUUAAGUUGACGAGGGCCCAAUAAUACCCAUUCCAUAAGUGUAUCCAUUUAGAUUAGCCCGAGAUAGGGGGCCGUAUAAAAAUCAGUCAGAUACAAUUUAAAACGUGUCGCAUUAGAAUAGGUUUAAAAUGACUUUUUAAUUAAUCGAGCUUUCUGAAAAAACUGUAGAACGGCCCUGAAUUGAUAGGAUAUUAUUAGUUUUUAUCCAACUAUAUUUCCAUAAGGACUUUGAAGCGUAGCACUGUAAAGCUAGGCUUAGAUCCUUAAUUCAAAUAGAACAAAUAUUUUGUCUAAUCCUAUUAAUAUUGAUAGAGUUUAUGAAAAAAUUUAGUGGAAGGCCGAGGAGAAUGGAUAUUAUGAGUUCAUUAUAUUUCAGUAUUAAAGUAUGGAUACUCAGAUGUAUCUGUACUUCUACUAAGUUUAGACAAAGUCCAUCUAUUCAUGAAGGGGUAUUUGUUGUUAAAUUUUCUUUUUUUAUAGCUCAUAUAAGAAAAUUAAAUGGAAUCGGGGCCUUUUGCCCCACAUGUACUGUUAUAAAAUGUUCAUAACCCCAAAUAUUUCCUUUUGGAUAAUAAUGGAUAUAUGUGUCAAGUUUGGUCAAGAUCCAUGUUUAAACAUAAAAGCAUUUGAACGUAUAUAUAUAUAUAUAUAUAUAUAUAUAUAUAUAUAUAUAUAUAUAUAUAUUAUUGUUCGUCCGUCGAUGAUCGACGAUGACCAUCGUGUCGUCCGGUGACUGAUGACUUGAGGCGGUGACUUUUGUUUAAAGUUAGGAAGAGUUGCGUGGCGUCUACCUCACUCUCUCGUCCUGGCCCACCAUGUCCAAUUGCAAGACCCUACGUCAAGACGACCAGGGAUGGGUACGGUUGCAGGAAUUGUGAUUGUAUGCGCCUUAGGGGUCUCCACUCCGGGUUUUGAAUUCAGAGUUUCCUUCUCUUAGAUGAGUUGCCGACCAAGGUUAACGAUUCUCAUCCAAACGGGGUGAUGUUUUUGCUUUGACUGGAAUUGAAGUCCAGACAGCCAACUUCAGGUUUGCUCAGUUUAGACCAUUCGGCAAUCCAGUCACUAUAUAUAUGCCCGAGAUUGAAUUCGAAAAACAACAUCUUCUUUCUUCUUUUUAUUUAUCGUGAAAUUAAGCACAAUGUACAAACAGAAAACAAAAUCCCUAUAAUAAAAAAAAAAUAAUAAUAUUUCGUUUUCUCCAAUAAAAACGCAUUAUAACGUUGUAAAACUCCAAUUUCCCGAUGGAAUCCUAAUACUGGAGGGAUACUCCUCGGAUCCUAUGUAACGUUGGGUUCACUUUUUCCGAUGGUAUCCGGGUACCUGGAAGAUUUCGGCACGGCAUGGAUCCCAAUUUUCGGAGAGAUCCAGAUGCCAGUGGGUACCUGAUCCCGUUGGUAUCUCGAUCAAAGUGGGAAGAAUUUCAUGAUACAUCCCCAUUCCGGCUUAAUCUUGUUAAGUUUAUUAAUCCUUUUGGUUCCCGAUCUCUGUGGGUUUCCGAUCACCUCGGUUUCUCGAUUACUUUUCACAGCAGGAUCCCAAUCCUGGUUUGAUACCAAUCCGCUGUUAUCCCAAUUUUAUCUCUGUGUGAUCCAGAUUCCAGGUGGGGUCCACUUUUCUGGUGGUGUCUCUAUCCCGUAUCCUUUGUAUCUAGUUUCCUAUUGAGGUUCGAUCCCGGUUGUAUCCCGUUUUCAGGUGGGAUCCCGUUAGGAUCAUCUUAUCCUUGGGAUCUCGUUUCCUGAAAAGAUCGUGAUAUGGGUUUGAUCCCGUUAACCGAUAGGAUCAGGUUACUGUUUAUACUCGUUCACUAACUCGGUUCCUGUUCCUCUGUGGAUUAUGUCCCAGGUGGGAUUUUCUUCCAGGUAGGUUUAUGAAGGGUGUCUCUUGAGAAAAGCCCAUACAACUAUGGAAAUAAUAACACUAAAGUAACAAUAAGCUUUUUUAUCCCCUUAUAAAUCCCCGUAGAGCAAUAUGAACUUUCAUGAACAUUCUAGAGUAAUUUUAAUAUCCUCCCCGAAACGUGUAAAAUAUAACUUUUUCUACAUGAUUAUUUUACUAAUACAAAGUAUAUGCAGCGAAAUGCAUUACUAUAAGUAUAGUGCAUUUAAGUUGAAAUAAGGGCUUCAAAGGACGCCCAAUGCAUUUUUUAUCCAUUGAGUUUUGCCUGAGAUAAAGGGCCCUUAUAAAAUCAGUCAGAUAAAUAAUCCACAUACAUAUAUAUAUAUAUAUAAAUCAAUAAAAGUUGUCCCAUAAAAUCGGUUUUUAAAUGCCAUAGAUAAAGCCUUUUUAAAUAUAAAAUUUCCUAGAAAAGUCUAGACUUGCCCUGAUUGGAUAGGAUGUUAUUAGUUUUAAAUCCACCGAUAUUUCAAUACGUACAAUGAAGUGUGCUGUCACCAAGUUGGGCCUAUAGCAAUCAAUGCACAUGGGACUUAUGUGCUGUCUUAGCCUAUUGAUAUUGAUAUAGCUUAUAUAAAGGAAAAUUAAAUGGGGCCUCCCGGCCUCAGAUGGAAUGGAUAUCAUGAGUUCAUUGCCCUUCGGUAUUUAAAAAGUGCAUGUGUACUUUUUUUGGUCAAGCUUCAUCUAUUCUUGUAGGAAUAUUUGUUGCUAAUUCUAUUUAUGUAGCCCAGAUGAGGGGAAAAAAAACGACUUCCGGGACCCCGUCCCAAACGGAAUGUUGUAAAAAAUUGAUAACACUCACAAGAUCCUUUCGGAUAAUGAUGGAUAUAUGUAUAUGUACAAAGUUUCGUCGAGAUCGAUCAAUCCAUGUAAAAACGUAUGUGAAACAAAUAAAACCCGCCACAAUGUUUCCCUUACAUAGAGUAAUAAUAUAUAUUGUAAUAUAAAUGAUAUGAUAUGUAUGAUGAUAAUUGAUAAUUUAUAUAUAUAUGUAUAUAUAUUAUAUAUAUACAUGAUGACUAAAAUUUUCAAAGACAUAUUGUUCAAUGUAAAAAAAAAAUAUAUAUAAUUUUGGUUUAAGACGUGUAAGGUAUUUAUUGCAUCAAUCUCAUUGUUAUUUUGAUUUUUAAAAAUAGUUUUAGAAAGUAUUAUUAUUCCAUUAUAUGUGUACACAUAUUUCUAAGUCAAUGUUAAAACUGGAUUUUAAAAAAGUUAAUUCCAUACACAGUUAUUUUGUUUUAUUAGAAUUUUUAUUUUUAUUGUAUUUAUAGCUCUGUUUGUCGAGGAAACUUCACAUUUCAGACUAUCUUGUCCCGAAGUAUCUUAUACCCAACGGAUAGUUGUAAACUAUCGAAACAAUACUAGUGAAACAAUUGCUGUUUUCACGCUCUCGGAAUGCAAUGUGCCAAGAGGUGAUAUCAGAUGCUUCAAACUAGACAAUAUUAAUGUAGUAGAGAUUGAAGUAACCAAUCAAACAAGGACUAUUGUUUCCUAUUCUUGUGGAGCCAGUGCCGUCUCUAACAUCACAUUUUAUGGUGAGUACCCUUUAAUGUAUGCUGACAGUUACCGCGCAUGUUUUAAUAUAUAGUUAGUGUUACAUUUGUUUAUGCCACUUGUCGAAGCCCAACCCAAGUUAUAGGUUUUUAUGUCAUAUAUGUAUUCUGAUUUAAGCUAAGUUAGUUUGUAUGUUGUUCUUAGACUUUUGAUCUCAUCAAUCUAUAAAUACCAAUAAUCUAUAGAAAUGAAAUUUCAAACUCAACAAUCUUAAGUUUUUUAUUGGCAGCUUUUUAUGCUCAAACUCGUUCCAUUCUAUUGUAAUUUUUUUUAAAUUAAAAAGUUACAAAUAUUGUUAAAAUUAAAUUUAAAAAUAAAUACAAUCACAUGAAAAUUGGUUGCAUUUAAAUGAAAAAAAAUUCAAGUGACGCAACUAUUAAAAAAAAAAAAGGUUAAAAUUUGGUAUAUGCAAUGACAUUCAUGUUUAAAAGUAUAAAAAUAAAAAUACAUAUAACAACUCUACACAACUUCUUCUACUUCUAUAUUCUGAGGGCCCAAGAUCAAUAUAUUGAUCAUUUCUACUCCUAUUUAUGUAGAGGGUGUUCGCAAUGUUUCUGUGCGUGGUAUUACAGAGGAUAUUUCACUGGUUUCAAGCGAAACUCAGCGUGGGUUGUGUGCUCCUGCCGUUAAAACGAUACGUGCAUUGUAAGAGAUUUAUAGGAAACAUGUUGAUUACAGACGGGUAUAGAUAGCUAUAGACUUUAGCUGCAAUAAACUACAACUUAAGAGUUAUUCAUCUAACUAACGCUUAACUGGCCAUCUGCAAAAUAGAAGCUUUUUGUGCUUUUUUAGUCAGUAUUCAAUAAUAAUUUGGGAAAGAAUUCAAUGUUUGUAAGUGCCGAUAAACAUAGAAAUGUUGAUGCAUAGAUCAUUAAUAAUUUGAUAGAGAUAAUGAACACUAGAUCUGCUGUUUUUUUAAAUUUUUUUUGUCUGUUGCCUGUUUAUAACUUUUAAUACACUGGUACAUUCUUACUUAUUUAAAUGUUGUCAUGUAAUUGGUGAGUACGUCGGAUAUCGUGAUAGUUAAACAGUUUGAGCUGAGUGAGCUCCAGGCCCAUAUCCUGCACGUAAGUUUGUCAACAAUAUAUUCCGCAUCCAAGCUGCAUUUUGUUGUUGAUGCCAGUGUUGAGCGAUGCGGGGGAAUGCAUUUCUGUUUAAUUUUUUUUAUUUCUCAUACAGCUCGACCAAGCAACGUUUCAUGUGGACCACCUGAAUUGGAUGAUUCUGGUACCAAAGUGCUUGUGACAUGUACUGUUGGUAAAGUAUACCCACAGCCAGGAUGUGUCUUCUACGAUACAAGAAAUGUAAUUUAUUGAUUUCUUUUCAUGUAUAUGUCUUUAAUUAAAAUUAAAAGUUUUAAGUUAUAAUUUAAAAUGUGAAUGCCCCAUGUCUCGAAAAAGUUUAGAAACGUGAUGAAUAAUAUUGUUUCUUUCAUGUCGUAUAGGAUUUCUACAAUGUUUUUUCUUUAAACAAUAAAUUAGAUACAAGAGAUUAAAAAAAUAGAGAGAAAUAGGGAAAAAAUUUGAAGAUCAAUCAGUAUAAAGAAUGAGCGAGUAAGGGAAAAAAAGAAACAUUAAGACAGUUGGUAGUAGAGAUGGCUCAAUAGAAAGACAAAAAAGUGGUUACUUAAUGCUGGGCGUAAUUUUAGAGUACUGACCACGCACUCCCACCUCCAAACUUAAAAUCUACUAAAGUUACUUGACAAAAUACGCAUUAAAAAAAAAUACACUUUAUAAUAAUAACACUUUUUUCUCCCCAAAACUCUCCUACACACGAUUUUAUAUACGGAAACGCAAACUAUCAAUAUUUAAAUAGCCCAUCAACUUGCACACCACAUAUUUAUAUCACAAUAUUAAAAUUUAAUAUGUGAUCGUAAGAAAAAAUAUUACGCACCCUACGCUACUUAAUAAUCUAAUUUAGCGCAUUAAUGGGUCAUUUCAAUUUGUGCGGCAUUUUAAACUGACCAUUACACCAUAAUUUCUUUCAUAACUAGAGAAUACAACAUUAUACUAAAAAUUCUUAGCUAUUUUAAAACAUUGUAAAUGUGCCGUUCAUAGGAAAGCAUUGUAGAUGGCACAAAGGUACCAGUGAAAUACGUGCUGUGGGGGAGUCCAGUAUAUUACAAGGCUGAAUGUGCUGUUCAAAUGGAGGUGCCUGAAGAGACUCAAGUGUACCAAGACAUACAUGUCAAUGUGUACCCUGAAAUUUUCAACUUCAACGGGGCUAUGUACGGCGUUAACUACACCGUUGCCCCGCCUGUAAUUAUAGGUAAUUUAUGUCAUGAUAAUUUAAUUGUGUACACAGUAAGUUUUGUAAAAGCGUGAUUGUGUUAUCAAAAAAAAUAAAGAAGACAUGAAUAAGUUGUUUGUUUUUUUGUUUGUUUUUUUUUGGGGGGGGGUAAUUAAAAAUGUAAUUUAAAAAGAAAGCAUUUACGUUUCUAAACAUUAAUAAAACAUUACAGUGGAGGAAAAGAAAUACACUAUGCACGGUCAUCAGCUUCGCUAUGUCACACAUUUUGACAAGUCACGUGGCAAACCGUGACCUCAAUAUUUAUUGUAAAUUUUUUUAAAGGAAGUUUUUUUUGUGUUUUUUUUUAAAUCAAAGAAUAGUUAAAUACCCUUUCCAUAAAAAAUAAUUUAUUAAAUAAUUGAUGGUAUUUUUAUAAAAAGUUAAUUAUCAUGUUAUGGGAAUAUAGUGUGGAUUUCGAUUUUUUUUUUAAAUUUUAGUUUUCUAAGUUUCCAAUAAAAAAUAAUCAAUCAUAUUUAAUUAAUUAUAAUGAAUAUAUUGACAUGUAGGUAUUAGAUUAACUAUGUCAUUAAUAAAAUCUCGAAAAAUCAAUAAUAAGAAUGGCAACUAUUUGUCCGGACUUAAUGCUUCCUGCCAUACAGGAAUAAUAAUAUAUAUAUAUAUAUUUCGUUUUAUUUAAACUAAUACUAAAAAAGAUAUUGGCAGAAGCGACGAUGACAAACAAUCAAAAAUUUCAAACAAAAAUAUCUCCAUAUCCUAAUAUUAAUGCAUAGACUUAUUUUUUUUCAAAAGAGCCAUUGAAUCUUACAAUCGACUCAAGCUGUCCACAAGGAAAUAGUGUAAAAGAUGGUUAUAUUAAAGCUUGGACAUCGGCUACCUGCGCGUGUCUUAAAACGUCACCCGCCACUGUUCUAGGACGUGCGCUUUGGUAUCAAGACAACCAACAGGUGCCGGCAAAUGUGACACAUUCGUCUUCCUCGGUACUGACAGUGUCGUAUCCAAAAGGUAAUUUUAAUAUUUUACGAAAACACGAUUCUGGUGAACUCUCGAUCGACUUCUCUGAGACUUUCAAUUUCUUUUUGAAGCAAAAAGCGUUCUAAAAUAUCUAAUUAAGUAUACUAUUUUUGUUUGACUAAAGGCUUAUUGUAGUUUAAUAGACGAUACUUGAUAUAUAGUUUACAGACUAUAUUUAUGUAGUUAUCUAAAUACAUUUUGUUGUACGGAAAAUCGACAAAGUGCGCAGAACAUUAGACAGUUGUGGCUGUUUAGGAGUAUGGAAAAUAAACAUGAGAGAAGCCAAAUGGGAAUUGGAGAUUUAUAUAAUAAUUGCCGAUCACCAUAAUGCCCUUCAAAAGUAUAGCUGUAAGAUCCAUUACGUGAUCAGCCUCAUAAGAUGCCCCAGAAGAAGCUACAUAAUAGUCUCAUAAAGUAUAGAUGUGACAUUAACAUAAGGAUAACUCUUGUAAAACAUCCGAGAAGCGAUCAUUAAUCCAGAAAAUACGAAAUGAUCUCAUAACACCAAUAUGAAAAUUGGCGAUUGAGAGAAUUAUUUCCAAUCCCCAUGAGUCAAGAAGCCUCCAUCAUAAUUAUAGAUGUUACUUCAACACCAGGAUCAGCCUUAUCAGACAUUCGAAAAGCAAUCAUUAACGCAGAAAGUACGAAAUAGUCUCAUCGAGACCAGAUGCUGCUAAAGAAGAAAAACUGUUUAAAUUUAUUUUAAUACUUACAAAUUGAUGAUACAUUUUUUUACGAUGUUCCUUACAUUAUCGUCACUCCAUCUACAGACAUAGACAAGACCUACCAGUGCAAGGGUUCACCGUUAUCUAGUGACCCCAGGGGCAUUUCAUUUAGUCCAAAGUUUGCUUGUAGGUGCUUGUAAAACUUUAAUUUCAAUACAAAUUGUUGGUCUUAAUGUUGUUUGGAAGUUCUUUAUAAGGAUGUAAAAAAAAUAAUGAUUUUAAUGCAUUACGGAUAAAAAAUAGCUGAAAUAAACACAAUUACUAUUUGGCUACAGUUAAAUAACUUUACGGAAGCUUAUAUAAAGUGCGCAUAAUUGAAUGACACACGAACUAUAGAGAGUUGAAAACAAGUUCAGGUUUAAGGUAAAACAUAUAUUUGAAUUCAUACAUACAUCAUUCUUUAAAUGUUUCAUUGCAGAUGGACCUCAAAAUAUUUUUUCGGAUGUAACCCAAAUAACUAUAGAUUUGUGUUCAAAAGAAAGUAAGUCUAUACCCAUAAAUGUUUGGGUCCCAAAACGUGACGUCAGGCCUGACGUCAGAGUAAAAGCAGCCGUUGAACUCACCGUUAAAAGUUCCACCAAUAGAAAUGAAGCGUAUGACGUAUCUGUGCGCACUAAUGACAACCCUACCUCUCCCAACAUAACUUCAACUAUUUUCCUGACUGUGACAUUCGGUGGGAUGUAUGUCGUCACUGCUACUUUUCUCAACACAAUAUACAGCGACUUAAGUGCCGGUACAAACAUUAACGUCACAGUAAGAGGUGAGUUAUUUUAAAUAUAUAUAUAUAUACAUAUAUACUUGAAAAUGUGUUAUUUGGAUUGUAUGUUGUUGGUUUUUUUUUUAUUUUGCCACGCAUGGGUUUCUACAUUGAGGGUUCUUGUUUCUAUGUCAACAUUCAGUUCAUUAAUUUCAGAGCCUCCAAACCAGCCACCGAUUUUUAUUAUUAAUGGAGGAGAAUCUAUAAUAGAAGGAAUCACGACAUCAAACGUCAAUCUCACUUGCUAUGCACCUGGCGGUUACCCAGAAGUUAGUGAAAUAACGAUAUCUUGUGUUGGUCGAAGCACUACUAUAAGUGGGAACAAACUUACAGCAAAGAUGGACUUUGACAAACAUGACAACGGCUCAAUAUGUACCUGCCAUGCGACUCACAGCUCUGGUUGUUACAGUAAUAAUAUGGUGGCAGCCAUUGUAAACAUUACAUGUAAGAUAUUUUGUGCUCUUAAGUAAUAAGAUAUACACACACACUCACAAACAUAAAAGAUAAAUAUAUAUAUAUAUAUAUAUAUAUAUAUAUAUAUAUCUUUAUAUAUAUGUAUAUAUCAUUCGCCAUCAAUAGUCAAACACCACCACCACCAUGCAUGCUAUAUGUAGAUUUGCUCUUAAGUAAUAAGAUAUACACACACACUCACAAACAUAAAAGAUAAAUAUAUAUAUAUAUAUAUAUAUAUAUAUAUAUAUAUCUUUAUUUAUAUGUAUAUAUCAUUCGCCAGCAAAAGUCAAACACCACCACCACCAAGCAGGCUAUAUGUAGAUACGUCAGAGUGUGGUUCAAUAAUGAGUUCACUAGCACGCAAAAUAUAUAUCCCGAUACCUACGCUAAAUGAUAUAUAUCUAUAUAUUUAAUAAUGCAAUUGCGUUUAGUUCGUAAUAUUUUCCUUUCGGAAAUGAAAUCGUCUCAAUUUAAGAAUUGUGUAAAAAAUGUUUCGUUUAAACUUUGUUUGGACAUGAGAAUAUGUUCAUUGGCGUGAAAAAAAAAGUGUGCAGUGGCAUAUCAUGAUGGGGAAGGGGUGCAGCAAAUAUUAAGAUUCUUAAAUGUGCGUUACUUGAGUUCAUGUUUUGUCAAGUAACUUUACGAGAUGGGAAGUUCACGCCGCCAAUGUUUGGCGGGCUCUUUCUAUUGUAUACAUAUUUAUUUAACAACAAUCAAUAGUGGGUCCAGUGCAAUAGUUAAUCUAAAUUUUAAAGUUGCCACGUGCCAAGGUAAACAGCUCCUAUUAUGGGCCCCAUUGUAUCGAUGAAAAAUUAAUUCUCGUACUUGAUCUAAAAAUUGAUUGUAUUUGAAAUGUCAUAAUGUAUUGUACUGCGGGGCAUUUAGUGCUUCUCCUUACAUAAAAAAAAAAUUAAAGAGUUAGGGAGUAUUUUUCAUAAGAUAAAAACCAUCAGAAAACGAUUUUUUGAUGAUUUUCUGUGCUUGGUUAAAGCAGAGGUGAAAAUAAAAAUAAAGUACACCAUCAUCUAAAGCGGUAAGUGAAUAAGCAGAUCAAAUGCCAAAAUGUCAAACGUAGAAUCAGACACAUUUGUUUUCACUCAACCCGAAAGUGGCUAGUGUGUAUCAUUUUCUGGCAUGGGGAUGGCAAAAUUAUUACUGAAGAGGGAUUAUCGGAAGUCUUACUCUGUCAGUUACACAUUGUAUUUCAUUGUUUGAUGUCCUGAUAACAGCGUUUCAUACACACACACACAGACUCACUAACUUGUCAAGCCUUUAAGUUUGUAUUAACGUAUCUGCAAAGGUCAUACAUAUAUGUAUUAGCUUAAUUUGUAUUUUUCAGACAUCGUGAACAUAACUUCCUUUACAGCAAAUAAUCAGACAAAACUUGAAAUACAAGAAGGUCAACCUGUGACCUUAAGUUGUUCUGCUGAAAGUUACCCCAAACCUGUCUUUUCUAUUGACAUGAGUGACGCCAGAUCUAAUGAAGUCAUGCUAAUAAUAUCUGAAACAACUGAGAUGGAAGCUAAUAUUUGGCGCUGCAAAUACACAUUACCCAGUGUGAAAUGCGAAGACGUAAAAAAUUACACGUGCAGGGCUACACAUAUACAUUCUAAUAUUACAGUGGAAAACACUGUAUUUCUGAGUGUCAAAUGUAAGUGCUAUCCAAAUGAACAAGUAGUUAAAAGUUAAUUAAAUAAAUUGUUGUUGUUUUUUUAUUGCAGGAAAAAGAAACGGACAGAGCAAGGAAAAAAAAAUUUAAAAAAUCCUUAAAGCAUAAAAAUGUAUUUAUAGACAUAUAUAUUUUUUUUUUUUUGAAAAGGCAAUCAACACUUAUUGUACCUUGGAGACGUCAGGACUCAUUUCAGUUUAACAAGAAUUUUAAAAAAAAGUAUCGACUACUACAAUUGUGUGGGUUCCAUGUCUGUCCUAUUUUGGCAUUCCUUUCGUAAAUGUUGCAUAUGCCCGGGCUAUUUUUAAGUCAAGUUAGCAAACUUUCCCCAGCACCUUAGUUGUAUUUCUAUGUCUGUCGAUAAGCCAUAGACAAUACGCACGCAUCUGCAGUGCUCGUUAAACACACGUUUGUAUACCUCAAGGCUUUUAUGCAAAACAUGUGAAUGCCAAUAAUUAUUAUGUUUUACUUUCAAAUAAUGGAAACAUCAUUGCUGAUAAUGUAUAAAUUAAACAUUAAAUUAUAUAUAUUAUUUAUUUUAAUAUUUAGGUCCUUUUCGUGUUACCAACUCUUCAAUGGUUCAGCAACAAGUUGGUGUAGACUUGGGGCAGGACUUGGUGCUUACAGUGGACGUAUUGGGUAAUCCACCACCUUCCACAUAUGAGCUUCUGAGAGGAUUAAACAAGUAUCCAGUAGAAAACGGAUCAUUUCAUGUGGGAUUCACUCCACUAAAUCAUCCUUACGGGAUUUUGAAACUGACAUUGUUUAAUGUUCAAAGAGAAGACAUGACAUUGUUUUCUCUGGUCGUUGAUAAUGGCAUGCUGGAAAACAUGACAUACAGUUUCCUUGUUUUUGAAAGUAAUAUUUGUUGUUCCUACGUUUAGUAUUAUAUACAUAUAACAUAUAUAACUUUAAAAAAAAUGUUUUCUCCAAAAGUAAAAAACAGAUAUUUCGACAGUAAAACCUGUUCAUUAUUGAUUAAGAAAGAUAUAACAAUAAAAAUUUAAUAAAACAACAGUAGAACUUUGUUGUUGUUAUACAUAUUAUUUUUACAAUGAAAUCUUGUUUUACUGUAUAUGCCUCUUUAACAAACAUUUUGUUUAGACACAGGAAAUCAGGGCCCGGAUGUUGCUGCAAUUGUCGGAGGUGUUCUAGGUGGCGUUAUUUUCAUAAUAAUGGUCAUCAUUGGAUUGUUCAUGUACAGAAACAGUAAGUUUUAUUAUUUUUAG